UUUUCCCCUUUUUGAGGCCAGGGGAAAGGGAAUGCCCAAUCCAGAGAGACAUGGGGGCAAGAAGGACGGGAGUGGAGGAGCUUCUGGAACUUUGCAGCCGUCAUCGGGAGGUGGCAGCUCCAACAGCAGAGAGCGUCACCGCUUGGUGUCGAAGCACAAGCGGCAUAGGUCCAAGCACUCCAAAGACAUGGGGUUGGUGACCCCCGAAGCAGCACCUUUGGGUACAAUUAUCAAACCUUUGGUGGAGUAUGAUGACAUUAGCUCUGAUUCCGAUACCUUCUCUGACGACAUGGCCUUCAAACUGGACCGGAGGGAGAAUGAUGAACGUCGCGGGACUGAUCGGAGUGACCGCCUGCACAAACACCGUCACCACCAGCACAGACGUUCCCGGGACUUACUAAAAACUAAACAGUCAGAGAAAGAAAAAAACCUGGAAGCCUCCAGCAAGUCGGGAUCGAUGAAGGACCGGAUAUCAGGAAGUUCAAAGCGUUCAAAUGAGGAGAAUGAUGACCAUGGGAAGACGCAGAUCUCCAAAAGCAGCAGCAACAAGGAAUCCAGGUCAUCCAAACUCCAUAAGGAGAAGACCCGGAAAGAACGUGAGUUGAAGUCCGGGCACAAAGACCGGAGUAAAAGUCAUCGGAAAAGGGAAACACCCAAAAGUUACAAAACCGUGGACAGCCCCAAACGGAGGUCCAGGAGCCCCCACCGGAAGUGGUCGGACAGCCCCAAGCAAGAUGAUAGCCCCUCAGGGGCUUCUUACGGCCAAGAUUAUGACCUUAGUCCCCCGAGAUCUCACACCUCUAGCAAUUAUGACUCCUACAAGAAGAGUCCGGGAAGUACCUCAAGAAGGCAGUCAAUCAGCCCACCUUACAAGGAACCUUCGGCCUACCAGUCCAGCGCACGGUCACCCAGUCCCUACAAUAGACGACAGAGGUCUGUGAGUCCCUAUAGCCGGCGACGUUCUUCCAGCUAUGAAAGGAGUGGCUCUUACAGUGGGAGAUCACCCAGUCCCUACGGCCGAAGGCGGUCCAGCAGCCCUUUCCUGAGCAAGCGCUCUCUGAGCCGGAGUCCGCUCCCCAGUAGAAAAUCCAUGAAGUCUAGAAGUAGAAGUCCCGCAUAUUCAAGACACUCAACUUCUCAUAGUAAAAAGAAGAGAUCCGGGUCACGCAGUCGACAUUCCAGUAUCUCACCUGUCAGGCUUCCACUGAACUCCAGCUUGGGAGCUGAACUCAGUAGGAAAAAGAAAGAAAGAGCAGCUGCUGCUGCAGCAAAAAUGGAUGGAAAGGAAUCCAAGGGUUCACCUAUAUUUUUGCCUAGAAAAGAGAACAGUUCAGUAGAGGCUAAGGAUUCAGGCUUGGAGUCUAAAAAGUUACCCAGAGGUGUAAAAUUGGAAAAAUCUGCCCCAGAUACUGAACUGGUGAAUGUAACACAUCUAAACACAGAGGUGAAAAAUUCUUUAGAUACAGGGAAAAUAAAAUUGGAUGAGAACUCUGAGAAGCAUCCUGUUCUUAAAGAUUCGAAAGGACAGGGAACAAGAGACUCUAAACCUGUAGCACUGAAAGAGGAGAUUGCUACUCCAAAAGAGACAGAGACAUCUGAAAAGGAGACCCUUCCACCUCUUCCCACAGUUACUUCUCCACCUCCUUUACCAACUACUACCCCUCCACCUCAGACACCCCCCUUGCCACCUUUGCCUCCACUACCAGCUCUUCCACAGCAACCACCUCUGCCUCCUCCCCAACCAGCAUUUAGUCAGGUUCUUUCUUCUAGUACUUCAACUUUGCCCCCUUCUAUUCACCCAAGGACAUCAACUCUGUCCUCUCAGGCAAAUUCUCAGCCCCCUGUACAGGUUUCUGUGAAGACUCAAGUAUCUGUAACAGCUGCUAUUCCACACCUAAAAACUUCAACGUUGCCUCCUCUGCCCUUCCCACCCUUAUUACUGGGAGAUGAUGACAUGGAUAGUCCGAAAGAAACUCUACCUUCAAAACCUGUAAAGAAAGAGAAGGAACAAAGGCCACGUCAUCUACUCACAGACCUCCCUCUCCCUCCAGAGCUCCCUGGUGGGGAUCCAUCUCCCCCAGACUCUCCAGAACCAAAGGCAAUCACACCACCUCAGCAACCAUACAAAAAGAGACCAAAAAUUUGUUGUCCUCGUUAUGGAGAAAGAAGACAAACAGAAAGUGACUGGGGGAAACGCUGUGUGGACAAGUUUGACAUUAUUGGGAUUAUUGGAGAGGGAACCUAUGGCCAAGUAUAUAAAGCCAAGGACAAAGACACAGGAGAGCUAGUGGCCCUGAAGAAGGUGAGACUGGACAAUGAGAAAGAGGGCUUCCCAAUCACAGCCAUUCGUGAGAUCAAAAUCCUUCGUCAGCUAAUCCACCGAAGUGUUGUUAACAUGAAGGAAAUUGUCACAGAUAAACAAGACGCGCUGGAUUUCAAGAAGGACAAAGGAGCCUUUUACCUUGUAUUUGAGUAUAUGGACCAUGACUUAAUGGGACUCUUGGAAUCUGGUUUGGUGCACUUUUCUGAGGAUCAUAUCAAGUCAUUCAUGAAACAGCUAAUGGAAGGACUGGAUUACUGUCACAAAAAGAAUUUCCUGCAUCGGGAUAUUAAGUGUUCUAACAUUUUGCUGAACAACAGUGGGCAAAUCAAACUAGCAGAUUUUGGACUUGCUCGGCUCUAUAAUUCUGAAGAGAGCCGCCCUUAUACAAACAAAGUCAUUACUCUGUGGUACCGACCUCCAGAACUUCUGCUGGGAGAGGAGCGUUAUACGCCAGCAAUAGAUGUUUGGAGCUGUGGAUGCAUCCUUGGGGAACUGUUCACAAAGAAGCCAAUUUUUCAAGCCAAUCUGGAACUGGCUCAGCUAGAACUGAUCAGUCGACUCUGUGGUAGCCCUUGUCCAGCUGUGUGGCCUGAUGUUAUCAAGCUGCCCUACUUCAAUACAAUGAAACCGAAGAAGCAAUAUAGAAGGCGCCUACGAGAAGAAUUCUCUUUCAUUCCUUCAGCAGCACUUGAUUUACUGGACCACAUGCUGACGUUAGAUCCUAGCAAACGUUGUACAGCUGAACAGACCCUACAGAGUGACUUCCUUAAAGAUGUCGAGCUCAGCAAAAUGGAUCCUCCAGACCUCCCCCACUGGCAGGAUUGCCAUGAAUUAUGGAGUAAGAAACGGCGACGGCAGCGACAAAGCGGUGUUUUGGUAGAAGAGCCACCUCCACCCAAAGCCUCUCGAAAAGAAACUAUCUCAGGGACAAGUGCUGAGCCUGUGAAGAACAGCAGCCCAGCACCACCUCAGCCUGCUCCUGGCAAGGUGGAGCCUGGGGCUGGGGAUGCAAUAGGCCUCGGUGACAUCACACAGCAGUUGAAUCAAAGUGAAUUGGCAGUGUUAUUGAACCUGCUGCAGAGCCAAACCGACCUGAGUAUUCCUCAAAUGGCGCAGCUGCUUAACAUCCACUCCAAUCCAGAGAUACAGCAGCAGCUGGAGGCCCUGAACCAAUCCAUCAGUGCCCUAACAGAAGCCACUCCCCAACAGCGGGACUCAGAGCCCACGGCCCCAGAGGAAUCUUUGAAGGAGGCACCCCCUGCCCCAGUGGUCCAACCUUCAGCAGAACAGACAACCCCUGAAGCUUCAAGCACACCAGCUGACAUGCAGAAUAUGUUGGCAGUUCUCUUGAGUCAACUAAUGAAAACCCAGGAGCCAGCAGGCAACCUGGAGGAAAACAACAGUGACAAGAACAGUGGGCCACAGGGGCCCCGAAGAACUCCCACAAUGCCACAGGAGGAGGCAGCAGCAUGUCCUCCUCACAUUCUUCCACCAGAGAAGAGGCCCCCUGAGCCCCCCGGACCUCCACCGCCGCCACCUCCACCCCCUCUGGUUGAAGGCGAUCUUUCCAGCGCCCCCCAGGAGUUGAACCCAGCCGUGACAGCCGCCUUGCUGCAACUUUUAUCCCAGCCUGAAGCAGAGCCUCCUGGCCACCUGCCACAUGAGCACCAGGCCUUGAGACCAAUGGAUUACUCCACCCGACCCCAUCCCAACAGGACUUAUGGAAACAAUGAUGGGCCUGAAACAGGGUUCAGUGCCACUGACACUGAUGAACGCCACUCUGGUCCAGCCUUGACAGAAUCCUUGGCCCAGACCCUGGUGAAGAACAGGACCUUCUCGGGCUCUGUGAGCCACCUUGGGGAGUCUAGCAGUUACCAGGGCACAGGGUGGCAGCAGCAGUAGAAGUGAUGGCCCCUGAGGAAUUUGGUAAUGUCCAUCAAUUACCUGACAUCCGGACCCCUGCAAAAUUCAGUCUCUUUCACAGACUUUAAGGCCAGGUUUGAUGGGCGAUCCCCCCCUGUCCAAACACUGUGCAAAGACACGAGAAGUAGAGGUCUGCCAGCCUGCUUAUUUCCAUCCUCAAUGCCUAGAACUGGGCAGGUCACCAACCUACUGUGCCUACCCCUACCCUUCUUGCUGCCAGAUGUGAAAACAGAGACCCAGAGAAGGGAAAUCAGUUGAAUCCUGCCCUGGAGUUGCUUUUGUUCCUGGAUUUGGAGAGUUCCUGGGAACACGGGGAAAUUGUGUCCCAUUGGUUGGUGAGAGAGCUGGAUGUCUGAACCUCCCACCUCAACACCUCGAAGGUUAUCAUACAGAUGCCCUCUCUAGCUCCCAAAGCCAUGGAAGAAGUGAAGGAAGACAUUUCAGAGGUGGCAGCGCCAUGAUGUCCAUCAGUACCCAGGGAGAGAAGCCAAGGAGAAGAAACAGUGCCCAGAGAGGGAGCCAGGAGGAGUGUGCUCCUGAAACAGCCUUCUUACCCCAUCUCCUCCCCUGCCCCCUCUAACAUGCCAACAAGGCUCUGUGCCCAAGUUGUGCCAGCUCUCCUGGCUGGUGAUCCUGCUCUGCCGUACAGGCAGCUGGCCCUCUGCUCCGGCACAGAGCACAUGGUGGGGUCUCUCGCACUUCUUUCUAACUCAUCCCAGUGUGUCUGUGGUGCAGAUUCCUAGGGAUGCAGGAGGGGGCUGUGGCCCUGCGAGUAGGAAGACCGUGGGCUCUGGGGCCCUUUAGGUGCGUAUCUUCCUGGCUGGAGCGGCUGUGGGGAGGGAGAAGGCUGCUGGCAGCUCACCUGAAUUCAAGGUUCUGGUGGCUCAUAGCAGCAGGGGUGGCUCAUGAAAACAACAGAGGGGAAGGGGGUCCAGGCCUGUUAGAGCUCUCUUUUACCUCAUUUCUCCCUCACUCUGAGCUCUGGAUAGAGGUCUCUCAUCUGGAUUGUGGGGCAAGGAGAGGCCCCAGCUAAGAAAGAAGAGAGGGAAAUGGGAGAGAAGAUAGCAGGGGAGGCUGAGCAUUCCCAGGGAGAGGCUUCCCAGUGAGGAAAGGCUAGUUAUUCUUGCCCCACUGUAUCCAUGGGCUGCACAGAGGGUUCUGUGCUGAGGCAGCUCAGCGCUCCUAGGCACCUUUCAGGAAAGGGGCUUUCCAGGCAGACGCAGCUACUCCUCCCUACUCUCACUUACCUGCCCAGAGGUCUGGGUACCCAGCUGACACCACAUGACUUAGAAAUAUUAAAAAAAAAAAAAGAAAAAGGCACUCUUACAAGACCAGAACCUGGAAGGAUUACCACUACUUGGUCUCAGUACUCUUUCGCUGGAAACAGAAACCAUGAUCUUCAAAGGUGCUGAUUUUCUCUUCCCUUACAGGUCAGGUGGGCAAUGUGCAUCUUCUCCUGACUUUCUGAAUCAGGGGGAUGAUAGACUACUGUGUUUGAGGUCACACCAGCAGAACAGGGCCAGAAAGUGGACCAGGAGAAUCAGCUGUGCUUCUGACCACAGUCCCAAGGGCCUCCCUGUUUCAGCAAAAGGAAAUAGGGAUCUCGGAUACCAGUGUACCCAGACACAUGAUAAAUAUCCUCCCUCUAACCUCAGAGAAGAAUAGGAGGGGAGUUCUCUGACAGAGCCUAAGUUUUCAUUUGCCUAUUUCUAUUCCUUUCACUGAUGACGGCUCUGCUGUCCAGCUGGGAUGAGGGGCCCUCUGCUGGGAUGCUCCUGGGGAUCCAGAGACAGUUUUGAUUGGAGGAAGGGACAGACCAGCUGCUCUUCGUGUAGGGAGAUGGGACCAGCUCCACUCCCCCAGCGCUCUCUGGCAGCAUCAGGAGCCAAGGGGCCCCUGCUGGAACACCCAUAAUAAAGCCCAAUCCUGAACUGAACUGACAUAUCACCUGGCUCUGGUAUAAAAGUGGUGCUGUGAGGGGGAGCCUGGGUGCACCAGGUGGGGUGUAGGCAGGUGUAGGGAGUUCAGCCCCAGGAGAUACAAGGAUCACUCCUCAAUACCACGUGUUCCUCCUCUUAAACCUCCUCAGUCCCCCUUUUCUUCCACCUCCCUUCAGCUGACUCCACUCCUGGCUACCUCAUGCCCUCCAAUCUGAGAAGACAUGGUAAGUAGUUGUCUGUUCCCUAUACUUUUCUCUCUCUCCCUCUCCUCCCCUCCUCCCAACUCCCAGCCAAGAGUUACCCCAUUUGACCUCUUCCUACCAGUGAAUGCCAUCAGGAUCUGAACCUGGAAUCCCCCGCUUCCUCUGAGAAUGCCACUCUGGCUCUGAGACUGACUCACCAGUCCUCAUCCUCCACAUAAGUAUAGCCAGGCCAAGACAGGUAUGUCCACUGGCACCAAGGCCCCUGACCUGAAGCAAGGGCAGCCCUAGGGGUACAGUGGGGCUUGGCCCUAAAUGCGUAUAUGCCUGUGUAUUGGGCACACUGGUUUAUUAGUGUUAUUUCAGCAUUGUGAUGCAGAGAGAGUAAGUGUAACAGCUGCUCCUUGCUUGCAGUGUUUAUUGUUACCUAGAGACAACCUCCUGGCUUUUUCCCAGCUCCCCCUCCCCCCCCAGCCCAACCCCCUCCCUGCCAACAGUUCUCCUCUCCCCACACUGAUGGGAAAUUUAUAGCUUGCCAUACCAUGCCUUUAACUCUCUCCUGUCCAUAAGGUAGAUGGGCCAAGGGAAGCCAGAGUGAGCUGUGAGCAUGCUUAGGCCCUGGCAGGGUAGAAUAGUGCGUGGAGGAGGGAAGGAAGGAUGGAGGGAGGGAAGACACCUCUUGUUCCCAAUCUAUGUCCAGACUCAGGCCCCAGUUUCCCUCCUGGCUCUCAUGUUGAGAGAAAAGAGCUUUGGACCUAGUCUUGGGAUCCCAGGCUCUUCCUCACAAGAUUAUUCUUUUUCCUCAGAUUAUUCUCUAAGCUCCUCCCAUUGGGCUGGCUGGUCCUGAGCAAGUACAGCAAGGUGGUAUUGAGACGGGAGGAAUAAAUGCAGAGUGGCAGAACCCCCAGAUCCCUCCUUUCUAUAGAGAUGUCACAUUGCGACAAACAAGAGGCUCUGGCGUGAGGGAUGCUGGCCAGACCUCCACAGCUGGAUAGAUGUCAAACAUGAAGCUGGCUGCUGAGCCUGGUGGGGAAAACUGACCACCUUAACUUCACCCUGAGCCCAGGACUUAGGUCCUGAAAGAGUCCCAGGCCGUCCUCCAAGUUGGUCUCCUUGGUCUGGGUAGGCUGCUCUCUCCACUUUCCUUCCUGGUCCAUUUUCUGCUGCUCAUCUUUUGGUUUGAUACCUUGGGGAAGAGCCAAGAGACCAAGGAACUGAGGCCUCAACAGUCCUGGGGAAAGAGAAAUUCCUCAAUCCCCUCCUGACCCAGGACCUUUCAUGGAGGGGCACCAUGUCAUAUAUUCACCAUCCCCACUGGAAACAAGAGAGGAAAAGGGAUUGGAUUUUAGCAGAAAGGAUAGCGGUUAGACACAUGGAAAAACUUACUCUUGGGAUAUAAGACUUCAGAAUGGACCUACUUCUCUUUAGAGAUUUUUCUUUUGCCCGGUAUGAGUUUAAGUCUGUGUCCACACAAGGGGCAUUGGAAGAACAAAGGGUACUUUUCUGGGGCGCCUCCAGAUGUGGGCCUCAGUGCAGUUCCCUCCUCAGUUCUUCUAAACAUAGUAUGUGUGGUGGUUAGAUUGUAAGUUUUAGAGGCCGACAGCCUUGAGUUCCAAUGCCAGUGCUGCCAUUUACGAGCUGUACCACCUUGGUAAGUCGUUGAACCUCUUUUAGCCCUAGUUUCCUUGUCUGUGAAAUGCAGAUAAACAACCUUUUAAGGUGGUGAAGAGAAUUUAGUGAAAUAAUGUGUGUAAAGUACCUAGGACAGUGCCUGAUACUGAGUAGGUGCUCAGUCAACAGUGGUUGAUAGAGUCUAACAGAGUCUAUUAAUUUUAUGGAAUCAUCACGGCUGACAUCGUGUCAAAGACUCUAUGAGUCCCCUGGAAUUAUAGGCCAAAUGUGAGUAUGUGUGUGUGCUGGGGAGGAUGUCCAUAGUUUUAUUGAUGAUUUGGAGCAGGGGGUGGCAGUCUCCUGGAAAGGAAGUAGCCCCAAUCCUUUGACUCAUACUCCCAAAGAAGUCAGUUUCCCCAUUCCCAUGCCUCCAGCUAGGAGUUCCUUAGGUAGUGUUCUGCCUGGAAGUACAGCUUCAUCUAGGAUGGAGCUGGGAGAGACAACCAUUAAGAUAGCAACACACACACACAAAAAAGAUAGCAACACAGAGGAAUUCCCUGGCUGUCCAGUGGUUAGGACUCUGCGCUUCCACUGCAGGGGGCAUGGGUUUGAUCCCUGGUCAAAGAACUAAGAUCCUACAUGCCACGUGGCGCAGCCAAAAAAAAAAAAAAAAAAAGAUAGCAACACAGAGCACUUGCCAAGCACUUUACAGUUUGUCAAGUGCAUUUACCUACAUUAGCUCUUUUAAUACCCAGAACAUCCCAGUAAAGUGAACUACCAUUUAUUGACUGCCAGGCAUUGUGCUCAGUGUAUUUUUU